AUGAAGUUGUCCUACCGGUUGGGACAGGUGUUGGGGUCGGUGUACAGCUCGGGGACCCUGGAGUUCGUGCCGUCCGGUGACCGACUGGUGAGUCCGGUGGGCAAUAAGCUGGUGAUGUAUGACCUGAAGAGUGGUAAGAGUGAGGCCCUGGCCGUGGAGGUCGAGUACAAUGUGAUGAACGUGUGUUUGAGUCCAAACGGAUCCCUGUUGUUGGUGUCCACACAAAACACUCAAAUCUAUUUGAUAUCAUUAAUGAGUGGAUCUGUUUUGCAACGAAAGGACUUCAAACGGAUCGGACAAACCAUUAAUGACCUGAAGUUCAGUCCCGACGGCAAGUAUUACGCGGUUUGCGGUUCACAACAAGUGGUCGUCUAUUUGUCGCCCGGAGUUGUCCUCAAAGGUUGCGGACGACAGCUCUCGGCCUUCAAGACUCACAAAAUCAUUAAAUCGUCUUUCGAUGAGACCUGUUGUCUGUCGUGGAGUUCAGACUCUAAGCUAUUGCUAAUCGGAAGCAAAGACUACAUCAUAAGAGUGUAUCCAAUCGACCGCCGCAUCCAGAAUAUGGGCCAAUCGGUGACACUAUCGGGACAUACGGACCAAAUCGUGUCCGCAUUCUUCUCGAACAGCUCUCCCAAUGAACUGAGUAUUUAUAGCAUCAGUAGAAACGGACAGUUGUUUGUUUGGGACUCCAAUUACUCGAGUCUCGAAGAGUUCUCGACACCAAACGAAGACAAACAAUUGUUGAGAUAUUCAAAAGAAAAGAGUCAUUACUUGAACACCGAUUUGCAGAAGACUUACUCAACACUACGGCUCACGGCUUCCCAAUACAACCCGAAACUCAAACUAUUGGUCGUCGGCUUCAGUAACGGCUCAUUCAUGUUGUAUGAGAUGCCGGACAUCACUCUUAUUCAUUCCCUCCAACUCUCGAAUAACGGUUCCAUAAGUAGUAUUGCUGUCAACCCUUCAGGUGAAUGGAUAGCAAUUGGUUCGGCAAUCAAUUCGGGCAACAAAUAUGACAUCGAGAAUGAGCUGAACUCCGAGUCCCAACUAUUAGUGUGGGAGUGGGAGAGCGAGUCAUUCAUAUUGAAACAGAGCGGCUAUUCUACUGGUGUCACCAAUUUGUGCCAAAGUAUUGCAUACUCUCCUGACGCCACUAUACUGGCCAGCGGUGGAACCGAUGGCAAAGUGAAGAUUUGGAACACAUUCAGCGGAUUUUGUAUUUCCACAUUCAAUGAACAUAAGGGACCCGUCACUGCUCUAGAGUUCGUUCCCGGAAAGAAUGGCAAAGUCUUGAUCUCAGCCUCACUCGAUGGUUGUGUUAAAGCUUUCGAUCUGAACCGUUACCGCAAUUUCCGGACCCUAACGGCGCCCUCGGAGUCAAAGCCCGCACAGUUCAUAAGCCUCGCCGUCGACCAAUUGGGCGGAGAUUUUAUUGCCUGCGGCUCACAGAAUAUGUUUGAGAUAUUCUUGUGGUCACUACAGACCGGAAGAUUGCUGGAGAGUCUUUCAGGACACGAAUCUCCAGUUUCUGGUCUAAAGUUUUCUCCGACAUCUAACACAUUAGUCUCGUGUUCUUGGGAUCAAACGAUCCGUAUAUGGGGUUUGUUUGAAGGGUCCAAAUGUACGCGAGAAGUGGUUCGUUUGGGAAGCGAUGCUCUGGCCAUUGCGUUCAGAGGUGAUGGACAGCAGAUCGCAGUGUCCACUCUAAGCGGUGACAUUUGUUUCUUUGAUCCCCAAACCGGUCAACAAAUGGGUGUUGGCAUCGAAGGGCGCAAUGAUUUGGGAACCGCUCACUACGAACGCGAACUCGUCUCCGAUAAGAAUAAAUACUUCUCGACUCUUCAGUAUUCAGUGGACGGAACGUAUAUUAUGGGCGCCGGGAAGUCGAAACACAUUUGCAUCUAUCAUGUCAUGGAGAAAAUGUUGGUUAAGAAGUUUACCAUCACAUGGAAUCUGUCAAUGGAUGGACUCUACGAUUAUAUCAGUUCCAGAAAAUUGUCAGAAUUUGGAUUUAAUUUAUCGCUCAUCAAAGACAGGGAUCAGGAGUCCAGUUAUGCCUCCAUAUCUCUGCCCGGAGUCGCCAAAAGUGAUUUUAGUGACCGCUCUGUGAACCCAAUAAUAGCUGUGUUUGACAUAAAAUUCUCGCCAACGAUGAGGACCUUUGCGUUCGCGUCCACCGAAGGGAUUAUGAUCUAUACGUUAGACAAAUGCAAUGCUUUCGAUCCCUUCCAACUCGAACAACACAUAACUCCUAAUUCUUGUCGACUAUUACUCGAUGCCAACCAAUUCUGUGAGGCUUUAAUGCAAGCCUUGAAACUCAAUGACCAGAAAUUGACUGAAGAAGUGAUCGAAAGGGUUCCCAUCGAAGAGAUACCAUUUAUUUGCUUAACACUUGCCGACAAUUAUGUGGAAAAGUGUUUGAAAUCUAUAGCUAUAGGCCUGCAGUCGACAAAACACAUUGAAUUCUAUCUGAAAUGGUGUCAAACGCUUCUCUCCCAAAACGGAACUACUCUUAAGACUAAUAGUAGUGUCGAAGUAAUGGCUCCGACUUUACGACUCCUUCAGCACAACCUGACCACACAUUUCGACGGUCUGUCCAAAGUGUGUGAACACAACAAAUAUAUGUUGCGAUUCAUUCAAGUCUUGUCCACACAUAACACCUCAACGGAUCAACCCAUGGAUCACAACCACAGCGAAGACAAUGAGGACAACGAAGACGAAGAACCUAAUGACAGCCAAUCGGACUCGGAUUCGCAAUAA